CUCAUCACUACACACAAAAACAAUUUUCAGAAAAACCCUAAAGAUCAUCAAGUUGAUUGAGAAAUGAAUCAAGAAAAUCUCUCAAGCUCCGAUCUUUCCCUUCUUGAAUCUAUAAGCCAACAUCUCCUCUAUGAUUCCAAUUUCUCCGAUAUACUUUUGACCAAGAGUUCGUCCCAUGACUUGAUCAAGAGUUUGUCCCAUGACUUGACUGAUCCAGUCGAUAGUCAUGACUCAAGUUUUGAUUUUUUCGAUAUAUUAUCGAGGAUGAAUUCGUCCCAUGAAUUGACUGAUCCAGUCGAUGGUCAUGACUUAAGUUUCGAUUUCUCUGAUAUGUUAUUGAGGACGAAUUCGUCCCAUGAAUGGAGUGAUACAACAUAUAGUCAUGACUCAAGUAAUAUUUCAGAGCCGGGGAAUGAGGUGGCGAACGAGGGGCGUGCGGAGGCGCGUGGGUCACAGGCGGAGGGGGACUGGAGGAAGUACCGAGGGGUGCGGCGGCGGCCGUGGGGGAAGUUUGCGGCGGAGAUAAGGGACCCAAAGCGGCGGGGAUUCAGGAUAUGGCUAGGGACGUACGAGAAGGCGGCGGAUGCGGCAUUGGCUUAUGACCGUGCCGCGUACAAGAUGCGCGGGUCUCGGGCGGUUCUCAAUUUCCCGCACCUUAUCGGCAACCCCGACGCACCGGAGCCGGUUAGAGUGAAGCCUAGGAGGCGGCUGCAAUCUUCGCCGGAGGCGGAGGCGGAGGCUCUCCCCACUUCGCCGCCGUCGUCAUCGUCUUCUUCAGUGGAAAGCCUGCAGUCUCCGAAAAGGAGAAAGAUUGAGUUAAUAAACGCCGUAGCCAAAGCCAAUCUCAUGAACGCAAUUUCUGGAAUCCAAUUAACUCGGACACAGUCCACUUCUAACUCCUAAUUAAACAAUUUUUAAUUAUUAUUGUCAUUAGUUAAGAUCGGUUGAAAUAUUCCCCAAAUUGCCAUUAAUUCAA